AAAAAAUGUAAAUAAAACAUUUAUUUUAUUUUCAUCUAGAUAAACAAAAUCUCUGCUGUGAUCUACUGAGGAGAGAUUGAGAAGAUUGCAAUGAAGGCAUUUUUGUUGGCUCUUCUCUCUGUUGUUAUGGUGAGCGGAUGCAGUCAGGAUAAAGACAUGACAGUCGACUGUUCUGACCUCUUUAAAUCAGGACAAACCAUCAGUGGGAUUUACUCCAUCUAUCCAGCAGGUGACAUUCCUGUCUGGGUUUACUGUCAGAUGAUCUCAGAUGGGAAAGAUGAAGACAAUGGAGGAUGGACGGUGAUUCAGAGAAGAAUGGAUGGCAGUGUGAAUUUCUAUCGGCCGUGGAAUCAGUACAAGAGAGGAUUCGGGAAUGUGGAGAGUGAAUACUGGCUGGGGCUGGAGAACAUGUACCAGCUGACACGCAACAGGAAGUACAUGCUGAGAGUGGAUCUGGAGGACUUCACUGGAAGGAAAGGUUUUGCUCAGUACUUGUUCUUCUUUUUGGAUUGUGAAACUGAUGGGUAUAAACUGCAUGUUUCAGGAUUUACUGAUGGAGGAGCAGGCGACUCUCUGGUCUUCCAUAAUGAUCAGAAAUUCUCAACCUUUGACAAAGACCAAGACGUCUUUGAAAAGAACUGUGCCAGUCUGUUUCUCGGGGCAUUUUGGUACAAUAACUGUCACCACGCAAACCUCAAUGGUGUGUACAUUUGGGGAGACGAUCCCACCAUUUAUGCCAUUGGAAAUGUUUGGUACACCUGGAACAACAAUUGGAAUGUCGGUAUGAAAUCUAUCACCAUGAAGAUCAAACGUGUGUCUUAGACUUUUGAGAAAACAUUACCAUGUUUCUCAGAAACAAACAACAAAACAAUCAAAUUGAGGUUUAAGGGUGUCCUUUCUUCUGUAAACCGUGUAAUUUAGUUAAUCUGUCGUGCUGUGUACUCUCAUCAAUUAUUUUCUUCUUUAUUUUGGGGUCACUUCUUUAAUUUUACAACUUCAACGAAUCAAUAAACUUCAAUAAAUGUCAGCAAUGAAAGGCAUUAUUUGUUGCCGAGA